AUGAUUAGAGAAAAAGACGGGGUCUUUUUCUAUCAUUUCUUCCUGUGGGGGUCCCGGCCACUCCAUCCAAAUCCCCUUUCGACUCAGCUGUGCGCCACAGGAAUGUAUCCUUUGGAAAUGGAGGGCAACUCGAACCCAAAGACGACCAACAAGCCCAAGUAUUCCAAGUUCACACAGCAGGAGCUUCCAGCAUGCAAGCCACUACUCACACCUGAAAUUGUCAUUGCCGCCUUCGCGCUCAUUGGCGCCCUGUUUGUUCCCAUCGGGCUUGCGUCGCUGCAUGCAUCACGGCAGGUUGUCGAACUGGUGCAUAGAUAUGAUGCAAGUUGUGUGCCCGUGGAUGACAAGGUUGGGUUCAUCCAGAACUCCAGGACUGACAAAACAUGCACAGUAACAAUGACUGUGCCAAAAUACAUGAAGAGCCCAAUCCAUGUCUAUUACCUGAUCGACGGCUUCUAUCAAAACCAUCGAAGGUAUGUGAGAAGUCGAAGUGACAAACAACUGCGGUAUAAGAGUGCUGCACAUUUGACAUCAGAUUGUGUGCCUGAAGGUGAGACCGCUGAUCAUGCUCCAAUUGUUCCAUGUGGCCUUGUUGCUUGGAGUUUGUUCAACGACACAUAUACAGUCCGGGUCAAUGGAGUGGUUACUCAAGUGAAUAAAAAGGACAUAGCUUGGAAGAGUGACAAGAACAAUAAAUUCGGCAAGAAUAUCUAUCCCAGUAACUUUCAGAAGGGAAGGCUUAUAGGUGGUGCUACGCUAAAUGAGAGCAUACCAUUAAGUGAGCAAGAAGAUCUCAUUGUUUGGAUGAGAACUGCUGCCCUCCCAACUUUCAGGAAGCUGUAUGGCAGAAUUGAGAAAGAUAUCAAUGCAAAUGAUAAUGUAACAGUGGUUAUACAGAACAACUAUAACACAUAUAGUUUUGGAGGAUCAAAAGCGUUGGUCCUUUCUACUGCAUCUUGGAUUGGAGGGAAAAACAACUUCAUUGGCAUGGCAUAUCUGACUAUUGGUGGUUUGUGCCUUUCCCUUGCUAUGGGCUUCUUAGUUCUCUACAUGGUUAAACGGAGGAACUUUGCAGACCCCUCGAACCUGUCAUGGAAUAGAUGA